AAAGCAAAUGGUGGUUGAAAUUCAAAUUGAAGCUAUUUUUGUUGUAAAUAAACAAAAAAAGAAAUAAUUUAGUGGUGGCUCUGUUCUGGGUGUUUCAUAAUUAUGUAUGGGGAUGUCAGAGGACCCAAUUUACUGCACCCUGCCACUCUCACUCACUUGCACCUAACCUAACCUUAUUUUCUUCUUCUUCUUCUUCUUCUUCUUCUUCUUCUUCUCCUUCUCUGCACUCACUCAUUUGUGCCUAUUCCCUUUUCUUUCAUCCCUCCACUCCAAGCCAUGGCCACUGCUGCUUCUUCUUCCUCCCUUCCUUCUCUCCCACCACCUUCCCCCAAGUCACCCCCUGACUUGUACGGCAAGCGCCGCGACACCGCCAGGCUUCACAUGCUGGACAGAGAAAUCACUUUUCUCGAGGUUGAGUUGAAAAAUGUUGAAGCCCUUCAACCAGCUUCAGCAUGCUGCAAAGAGGUUGCUGAUUUCGUGGUCGCCAACUCUGAUCCUCUCUUACCUUCAAGCAAGAAGAAUCGCAGGUCAUGCCGCUUUUGGAAGUGGCUCUGUGGUUUGCCAUGUUUAAACUUGUCUUGGAUCUGCUGCUGCUGCUUCUGCUGUGAAGGCUUACCUGUACAUCUGAAAUUACCAAGCUGCCACUGCUGCAGGCCAUGCAGUUGCUGCAGCUGCAGCUGCAAUUGUCUUCCCUCCAUCAAUUGCUCCUUGCCAAAAUGGCUGUGCUGCUGCUUGUGUCCCACUUCGUCAUCAAAUUGCUGUAAAGGGAGUAACUGCUGCUCAUUUUCCAAAUCAAGUUGCUGGAGAUGGAGUAGCUGCUGUUCUUGUUCCAGAUCAAAGUGCUGUAAAUGGAGGAGGAGGAGCUGCUUCAGUUGCUCUUGUCCUGAAUCAAAAUGCUGCCAAGGUAGCUGCGGCUUCGGAAACUGCUGCAUUCUCCCAAGCAGUUGCAGUUUUCAGUGUCCAUCUUGCCCUUCUUGCUGCAGUUGCAAAUGCUCCUGCACUUGUUCUUGCCCCAGUUGUCCCAAGGUACACCCUUGUUGCUGCUGUACAAAGUCCUUUUGGAGAAGUGCUUUCUGCUGUUUCUGUUGUUAG